AAACAGUUAAAACACACACACACAGUGUUUUCAUCCUCAGUCCGCGCCCGUCCUAAGCCUCAGACACAGUGACGUCAUCGUCCAACCGCUGAAUCGAACGAGCCAUUUUCGCAGGCGCGUGAGGAAGAGCUCAGCCUGACAACACUCGCGCGCUGCUUUGUCAUUUUGUCCUCUGUGUGCUUCCCGUCUGCUCGUAUCUGUUAUUUAAACAAGAAAAAGAAAAGAAAAGAAAAAAGAAUCGGUCUGUCUGAGGCGCAUCGCGGAGGCAUGUCCGUGAAGCCGAGUGACGAGGCAGGAUCAGAGGGCGGGUGGUACGGAGCAGAUCUGGAGAACAUGGAGCUGUUCGGGAAGAAGAGCAGCUCGGCCCGCUUCGAGGACUCGGAGCGCGAGGACGAGCAGAAGCAGCACUCCCACCAUCCGCCUCACCCCGUUACCAUGGAAACUGCAUCUACAGAUAAAUCAGACGCAGAUCUCCUGAAGAAGUCCAUCAUUGAUAUGGGUGACCCUUACACGUCCCUCCUGUCCAGUUACUCCUCCCAGAUGGACACCUCUUACUUCUCGGGCGAUGUCAGUGGAGGGGAGAAGAAGCAGCAGGCAGGAAUUGAUGACCUCAUCUCGGGCCUGGAUUGCCAGUCUGCCAUGUUCAGCUCAGACUCAGGUAUUGAGAUGACCCCGAGUGCUGAGCUUGGCUACAGCUCCCACAAGCUGCAUGACUCAGACAAGACCCCCGAUUCCACCUACAACUACAUGGACAUCAGGAGCAGGGAGGAUCCCUACAGCCAACAGCAGCUCUUGGAGGAUUGGGGGAUAAGUGCCGCUUCAGAGUCUGCCCCUCUAUCCAGCCUCAGGGGAGGGCAUUACUUGGAGAAGAGUCCCUCACCUGUGGAAGUGGAGACACUGGGCCCGUCUGCAGCUGCGCUUGACUCACACACUUUCCCCUAUGUAGAAGAACCAUCCGAUGAUGAGCUCUCUGACUACCAGCCCAACCGUUCACCAGGUGCUGAGGACAGUGCCAGUCCAGUCAAGAUCACUUUGACAGAGACCCCGCCCUUGUCAGUCUCCCCUGUGGCCAACAAGCGAGCCUCUCCGGUCGCUGUGUCUGAGAAAGAGAGCAUCCUGAGCCUGGGACUGCAGGGAGUGCCCACUGUCACGCUGUCCGAGCCAGAGGAUGAGAGUCCUGGAUCUUCCACUCCACCACUCACAGAAGAGUCUGACUCUCCAUCCGAUCCCAUGAUUCCGACCACUGAAGUGAAAACCCAGGAGAAAGCUCCAGAAACUUUCUCACUGGUCUCUCAGACUGCACCCAAAUCUCAGAGUCCUUCCUUGGAGCUUAAGAGCACUCCCACUCUUCCCCUGUAUGCCAAGGUUUCAGAUGCCAGCAGUGGAGAUUCGGGUGAUUCAGAGAUUGAGCUUGUGUCUGAGGAGCCAAGUCCACAGGCUCCCAGCUCUGCCUACAUGACCUUCAGCAAGAGCCCCAGCACCCCUCCACCAGCCCCUGCAACUACCCAAGCUCCUGUUUCUGUCUCUGUCCCUGCCUUUAACCCUCUCCCUGGCCUUGCUUCUGCCCCCAACUCUGCAGCCAUGCAGUACAGCAUCCUACGCGAGGAGCGGGAGGCUGAGCUGGACAGUGAGUUGGCCCUGGAGUCCUGUGAAGAAGAGAGCCCUAAGAGAUUUCCCCAGGACUCCUCCACCAAGGUAAGCAAAGUCAACUCGCAACCGGAUGAACCUCCACCCCCCUCAGCUACAGUGAUCGCUGCUCCCCCUGUGAACCCUGCUCCUCCACCUGCUGCUCCAGUCUCUGACGAUGCUCCUAAAGAGAAGAUGGCAAGUGAGGGAGAGGAUGAGAAGACAAAGCCCAGCAUCAAACCUUCACCCCCCACUGCAGUCCUGCCUGAACUGAAGGUGGAGCAGCCUCCUGAGGAAAGGCAAGCAGAGAGGAAACAUUCUAGCGCUGAAAAACACCCCACAACUCCUGCUAUCUUCCAGGGAAUAACUAGAGAAAAGGCGAUGGAGCUGUUGUACUGGCGUGAUGUGAAGCAGACUGGCCUGGUGUUUAGCAGUGUACUGCUGCUGCUCUUCUCUCUGACUCAGUUCAGUGUGGUCAGUGUGGUGGCCUACUUAGCCCUGGCCGCUCUCUCCGCCACCAUCAGUUUCAGAGUCUACAAGUCCGUCCUCCAGGCAGUGCAGAAGACCGACGAAGGACACCCCUUUAAGUCAUAUCUGGAGAUCGAGAUGUCCCUGUCAAAUGAUCAGAUGCAGAAGUAUGCCGAGAACACCCAGAACUACAUUAACAACACUCUGAAGGAGCUACGCAGGCUCUUCCUAGUGCAGGACCUGGUGGAUUCACUAAAGUUCGCAGUGGUCAUGUGGCUGCUGACCUACGUGGGAGCGCUCUUCAAUGGCCUCACUCUCCUCAUCAUGGCUGUGGUGUCCAUGUUUACCAUGCCUGUGGUGUAUGAGAAAUACCAGGCACAGAUUGACCAGUAUGUGGGACUCGUAAGGACUCAAGUAAACACGGUGGUGGGGAAGAUCCAGGAGAAGAUUCCAGGGGCGAAGCGAAAGGCUGAGUAAACAGCACAGAGCCACUGGAGAAUACAAGGAGGCCAUGACCAGGCUUUCCCUUAUUAUAGGGAGAGCUUCUCAUUAGUUCAUGGGUUUCCUCACUCACACGCACCCACACACACACACACACACACACACACACUCACUAAUAAAGACAUACACAUACAUACAUACAUACAUGUACAGAUACACAUGCACAUGUACGAGUUACUGGAGCAUAGUUCUACUUUGUGCGCACUGUGUUGUUUAGAGCAGCAGCCGAGCCGUUCAGAGAAGUCCCACCCGUGCCCAAUAACCACAGAGAGAGAGAAAAAAAUGAAAAAUGUGCCGUCACUCAAGCACUAAGCUCUAGUAAAUAAAAAAAAAAAAACAGUGACAUAUGAAAGAGUUGUAACAAAAACAACAACAAAAAAAUCUGUGUUUUUGUGUUGCUUAUUAAGUGCAUGAAGUCAAGAGUCUUAAGUGCUGAUGCGUUUCUUCUUUUCUUCUGGUUUCCUGUGCUCUGGGCUUUCUCAGCGGCGCUGAAGACGUUACUCUGUAGUGUGUGAACGAUGUCUUCAGCUUUAGUGCUCUCCUGUGAUAGUCUCUUCUUCCUAUUAUUACUCUUUUUUUCGGGGGAAAAAAAAAGUCCAAAAGCAGCUUUUUUUGUCUGUGGCACUGGGUGGGUCUUCUCUUCUCUCACUAUACCUGGAAACAUAUACACUUAAAUAUUACUCAGCUAGACGCGUGGACAUGCCAAGGUUUACCUUCUUUGUGUGGCAAAACAGCCAAUAUUUAGCAGUGUUCUGAUUAGGUAUGGUAAACUAACUUGUAGUGUUUUUUUUUAAUAUAUAUAUAUAUGUAUAUAUAUAUAUAUAUAUAUAUAUAUAUAUAUAUAUAUAUAUAUAUAUAUAUAUAAAUAAUUCGUUACAGGAACUACAGAGAUUCAUGUUUUUAGGUACUGUUGUCAAACUUCUUUUAAGUGAAAUGCAAACAAACGAAAGAGACGGAGGAGGAGGAAGCUUAAAGCAAGAGAAUGCCAGCUUUGUGAUUGUGUCCAUCUUUGUACUAUGUCGAGUGUAGUUCUUCUUAGCCAUGGACUCUUAACUAUUUGCACUUAAAAUGUACUCACUGCUGAAUGCGAAAAAUAAAUGUUCUUAAAUGUA